UAAUAAACAAAAAAAAAAAAAAAAAUCUCCAUCUCACAAAUCACAAUUUUCUCUCUCUCUCUCUCUUCUCACUCCAUAUAACUCCUCCCCAAAUUCAACACUCGCGCGCCGUUUACGUUCACCACUCUCCAUUUUCUCUCUCUUAAACUUCUCAUCCUCUCUCAUUCCUCCACGUGUCCUCCUCCUUUCCAUCUAAUCUAUCCGUUAACCCUAAACUUUUCUCUCUCCUCUCUCUCUUUUCUCCCCCCCAAAAAAAUAAUUAAAAAAAUAAAAAAAAUGGGAAAAAUACUCUGCGACAGCGCCACCGUAACGGAUACAUUACCACCACAAUCUCCACCGUUGCUUAGUUGGAGGGACCCCCACCCACCACAUUCUUUAAAAAGCACCGUUGAUUUACCGGCAACUACGUCAUGGGAUGACGUCACUGGGUUAGAAGAUCAACAGAAGAAGAAUCUUUCAAGGUUACAAGCUAAAGGUGUUCUUUGGAAACACCCAGAUGAUAAAAAAUUACUUCCACCUGUCGUUUUUAGAUUGGUUCAUGGCGGUGACGUGGACGCUGACGGCAACUGUCUUUUUUCGGCGGUUGAAAAAGCGACGGAAAAUGAACAAGAUGGUCAGUUUGAGUGUGGUGGUGGGCCCAGAGAGUUGAGGAGGAGAACGGUAAAAAGAUUUGAAAAUGAUUUUGAAUUGGGUCAAAAUGAUGAGAGAGAAAAAGUUGAAGUUGCUAUUAAGAAUUUGUAUUCACCUGAUCUUAGAUUUGGUUGGGGAAUUCAUAUUGUACAAGAGAUUAAAUUGUUGGCGAAGAAAUCUGAACGUCAGAUCUUUGAUGAUGCUAUUCUUCAGCUAAUUAAUCUUGGCAUGUUAAGAGAAAAUGCAGCGGAGACUAUUUACAAAGAGAGAUGUAUUGCGGUGGACGACGGCCCGAGUUGGGCUAAGUACAUGUCUAUAUCUGGUUCACCUGAUGAUGAAUAUGAUAUCAUCACAUUGCAAUAUACAGAGGAGGGUUUGUUAACUGUAGAUGAAAAUAGAGAAGGUCGAGCAGCCGCUUUUGGGGAUGAUAUCGCCAUUGAGUGUCUUGCAGAAGUGUUUAAAAGAGAAAUUUUUGUGGUGCAAGCACAUGGAUCGGAUGCUAUGGUUGAUGAAGACAAUUGUGUUUUCUUCCUCCCUCACCGCCCAAGGGGUGAAAUUACUGGACCUCCGCUCUUCCUCUUCAUGAAAGGGACAGGUUGGUGUGGUGCCGGAGCUGAUCAUUAUGAGCCAUUGAUUGCCCAUCCUUCUGCUCCCGUCUCUCAAGAGAAGGUUGCUUUUGUACUGUGAGGAGUAAUAUUACUUUAGAUUAUGCAGUUUUGUGGUAGAGGUUUGGAUACUAGGAGAAGCAGAACCAACUCUAGAUUUUUUUUUCCCAGAAUGAUUAGCAGUAGAUUUAGUAGAGUUCAUAUUCUUUCGAUAGACUGUAGAGCGGGAUUUUUGUUUACUAUCCGAUUCUUUUGCGUUCAAGACAUGGAAGAUUCAGUCGCUUCUGGGGCUGAUUAUGCACUGUGUUUGAGCUCUCUACACUUGAGCAAACCCCGUCCCCUAGGGAAAUGUAAUUGAUUUAGGAGGGUGGUUGUUCUUUGUGUCUUGUUGAGUUUGCUGUUGUUUUAUUUUGCUAUGUUGUUUCUGAGGUAGAAGAACUCUUGUAUUUUUGUCUCUGGAAUAUGAUAUACACAAUCCUUGUGUAACGGAGCACAAACUCCUAUUCUCUAAGAGAAAAGACAGCUUUGUUUCAAAUAAGAGAUGUGAAAUCUCCUAUUUUAUA